CUCUAAAUCACUAGUUAAUUGAUUUUCAUUGUCAAUUUUACAUAAAAAUAUUUGAGACUACACUUCGAAGAAUAAUUAUACUAAAACAAAAUGUUUGGAAUUAGAAAUUUACUUCGCGCUAACAACCAAAUCUUUAAGAAUGUCGCCCAACAAAGGAACAUGAGCGUUAUCUGCACUCCGCCAAGAAACAAGGUUUCCAGAGGUGAGAUGAUCUUCCUCGCCGGCCUGAUGGUGGUGGGCUGGUCUGCCAUCCCAGCCUGGGUGUUGGUCAACAUCAAGCAUUAUCGCGACAAGCAAUAAAAUGAUCACAAAAAAAUAUGUAGUCUAUUCUGUUCUAAGUAAAAUGUUAAUUUAAAUCAA